AUGUCUGGCCCUCGAGCGUCUGCUUGGUUCUUGCGGAUGCAGGCGGCCAUGAUUGAGGACCGCCAGUCGAAGACGCUGCUGGCUGACGAGACUGUGCAGCGGCUGCGGGCGCAUCGGCAGCGGCAGUGGCAGAAGGUGGCGGCAGACUUCAACAAGCGUCUGGACGAAGCGAAUGAGCGCGCGGACGCAUCAAUCGCAGCGUGGCUCGCGGCUCACAAGGAGCGCGUCGCGCUUGGCAUGACGACCGACGGUGGGACCACGACCGACCACUGCGACACCGAAGGCAUGACCGAGGAGGUCGCGGACGAGAACGCGCCGCUGGUGAACGGCCAGGAUACGUUUGGGCCGAGGGCGGCCGUUUCUCUGCGUAGAUUAGGGCCAGGAUUAGGGCCAGGAGCCGCCGGCGUCCGGCGUGCGAGGCCCGGCUCUUGCGCACCGAAGCGAGCGGAGCGAGCCGAAGAGAAAAUUUGA